AUGCAACAUGAAAAUGAAGUCAAGUACAAUUUAUACGAGAGGAAGAUCCAGCCCAAGAUUACGCUUCACGAUCCGCUCCCUCUUUCUGCACGUUUGAGACGGUUGGUGCGCGAAAUGCCGCCCGAAGCACUUCCUUUGGUGCUGAUUGUUGUUGCGGCCGUUGCCGGAGGCACCAUGGCCGUGGGGCACAAGUUGGCCACCGAUAGGAGCUUGAGAAAGUACCCUACAUCGUAUCACACCAUACCUACAAGCAAAUCCGACAGGCGAUGGAGCCGACAAGGGGCACGAUCUCCACAGAUGAGCGAUUUAGAGGAGAACAAGGAGAGCAAAGUUUCCGCAACCCAAAUCCCGACACUAGCACAAUCAAUUCCCAAGAAUUGUUACGAUUUGGCUUAUUCCAUAGGAUAUCGAUAUAGUAUGGAAAACGAAUAA